AUGUUGGAUUCAUUCGACCAGGAGUUUGAUCACAAUGAAGUCCGUCCGACUUUUUACAUCGGCCAACAUGACUCAACAAGAUCAGAGACAUUGACUGAUUUACAAUAUGGCCAAGUUCUGAAUUCUGGUUUCAGUUUUAUCACGACACCAAUCACUAAUGAGCAUUUUCAUGACCGUGUCUUGAACCUCCUAAAAGCCAGCCUGUUGGAUGCCAAGAAUAAUGAGCAAGCCGGCUCGAUAUUGGAUCCCGUGGUACCACCAUUAACCACCGAGGAUACUAACCUCUUCCCGGGAACAUAUACGAGUGGCCUUGUUGCCUACUCCAGCCCCUGGAUCGACUUAUGUUCUUCUAAUCAUAUCAUCUCGAGCAUUUCCAGGCAGGUUCUAAAUUUGGAGGUCUCCUAUGCGAAUUUCUGUGGUGUUAGGAGCAUCAUAGUACCUGGGCCUAGGGAAGACUCGAUUAAGAUCGGCAACAGCCAAGGCAUCGCGCAGUAUGCUCGAGCUAUCCAUGAAGCCUUUUCCGUCGGAACGCGAGUUAGCAUUAUCAUUCACAUUCCCAUGUAUCGUGAGCCUAGUCUGGAAGAAAAGGUACCACUGCUGUCUCUGUUCGACGAAAGUGCGAGUGAGACGCCUUCUAAAGAGAAGGAGAUUGACCUUUUCAGUGCUUGGGAUUCCUGGCACGUCAUUCGCACUGUUUGUGAAUACGAUGCCCGGCUUUUUGUUGCCCUCAAAAUUCCUCGUGUGCUUCCAGAGAAAGAACUCCAGACGAGAUGGUUCUCAGAGCCUCUCCAAUACUUGACGUUUGGCCCCCAAACGUUUCAGACGAACAAAGCCGGCCAUCCAUCCCUUAGCCACCAUCACCAAGACUUGAUCUUCACCUACAUGCGUCUGAAAAACGCGCCAUACUUCCUCCUUUGCGAUGUGGGCCCGGAAGUACAGGCCGAUUCGGAUCCUAAGCAGAUAACGAGCGCAGACUUCCCGACCCUCGUCGAAGCUGCCGCACAGCAUACCGCAAGCGGCAGUGGCAGCAGUAAUUUCCAGGGGCAGAACGGCUACUCGGCUUAUCUACGACACCUUGAGAGACACCAGGAGCCUCUCGACGACUUGGAGCAGACCACCCUAACAGGCUUUCAGGACUGGCUACAGUCGCCCCUACAACCCCUCUCAGACAACCUUGAAUCUGUCACAUACGAAGUCUUCGAGGGCGACCCCGUGAAGUACUUCCAAUAUGAAAUGGCCAUCGCAGCCGCACUCAAGGAGUGGGAUACGCUAGGAAAGCCCAAAUCAGGACCUGAUGGCGAAGUCGUGAUCGCAGUCGCAGGAUCCGGUCGAGGGCCCCUCGUCACACGCGCACUCCGAGCCAGCGAAUCGACCGGCGUCCCGGUACGCGUGUGGGCCGUAGAAAAGAACCCAAACGCGUACGUGUACCUCCUACGGCAAAACCAGCGAGAAUGGAACGGCCGCGUGACCGUCGUGAAAACCGACAUGCGAGCAUGGAAAGGCCCGCUUCUCUCCCCACCAUCUGACCCCCCGGUCUACGGUAAAGUCGACAUCCUCGUGUCCGAGCUCCUCGGCUCUUUCGCCGACAACGAGCUCAGCCCCGAGUGUCUCGAUGGAAUCCAGCAUGUGCUAGCCCCUGGCUCGGGUAUCUCGAUCCCGGCAUCGUACACCGCGCACGCGAGCCCCAUCUCCUCCCCGCGUAUCCAUGCCGACAUCCGUCAGCGCGCGGCGGCCGCCGAUGCGAAUGCGUUUGAUACGCCCUGGGUCGUGCGCCUUUUCGCGAUCGAUUUCGUGGCCGCCAAGGGCGUCCCGGAUCACCCUCGCUUCCAGCAGGCGUGGGAGUUCGCGCACCCGCUGCCGAAGGCGACGAUGGAUGCCGUGGAGGCGAGACGUGCGGGCGGUGUUGCGGGCGGUGGUGGAGGGAGUAUGGCGGGAGCCGUCGGCGCGAAUGAUCAUAACGCCCGCCAUUGCUGUAUGACGUUUGUGUGUCGGACUCGGGGCGUCGUACAUGGGCUCGCGGGGUACUUCGAGGCGGUGCUGUAUGAGUCGAAGACGGGGGCGAACGGUGAGGAGGAGGGUAGAGGCAUGGUGGAUGGGAAGGUCGAGCUGAGCACGCUGCCGGAUUUAAUACAGAGGAAGAGCAAGGAUAUGAUUUCUUGGUUUCCGAUCUUCUUUCCGCUGAAGGAACCGCUCUACUUCCCGCCGGAUACCGAACUGGAGGUUAGCAUGUGGAGGCAGACGGAUGACGCGAAGGUGUGGUAUGAGUGGAUGGUCGAGGCAUUCAUGUGGGUUAGUCCGUCACAGAGGGUCAAGGUUGGAGGGUCGGAGUUAUGCAGUAGCCGUAAAGUGGCUUGCCUGCUGUGA